UAGCCUCGUUUCCACAUCAUGCCAAGUUGUCAAUUUCCAAUAUGGCGGCCUCCAUGAGAGAAAAACAGACCGCUGCCCUGCAGCGUAUGUUAAACUUUAAUAUGCCAAUAUCAAAAGCUUCAAGCAGCGAGCCACAGUGGAAGGUGCUAAUCUACGACAGAUUUGGACAAGAUAUUAUUUCUCCACUUUUAACUGUUAAAGAAUUGAGAGACCUGGGAGUUACACUUCAUUUACUUCUUCACUCAGAUCGAGAACCCAUACCAGAUGUCCCAGCCAUAUAUUUUGUUAUGCCUACAGAGGAAAAUGUUCAGAGGAUAUGCCGGGAUUUACAAAGUCAGAUGUAUGAGUCCUAUUACUUCAACUUUAUCUCUGCCAUAUCCAGGCAGAGACUAGAAGAUAUAGCCACUUCAGCCAUUCAAACACAUGCUGUGACACAAGUAUCAAAGGUGUUUGACCAGUAUUUAAAUUUCAUCAGUUUAGAAGAUGACAUGUUCAUUUUGAGAUAUCAAAACAGUGAGCCUAUUUCAUAUUAUGCCAUCAACAGGGGUGAUGUAAAAGACUCAGAGAUGGAGGCAACAAUGGACACUAUUGUUGACAGCCUGUUCUCAGUGUUUGUUACUUUGGGUACAGUGCCAAUCAUACGUUGCCCCAGAGGGAAUGCUGCUGAAAUGGUUUCUGAAAAGCUGGAUAAAAAAUUGAGGGAAAAUGUACGAGAUGCUCGUAAUAGUUUAUUUACAGCAGACAGCAUGCAGAGUGGACAAUUCAGUUUUCAAAGACCUUUGUUGGUGCUGCUAGAUAGAAAUAUGGACUUGGCAACACCAUUUCAUCACACAUGGACAUAUCAAGCCUUAGCACAUGAUGUUCUGGACUUAAAACUGAACAGGGUUGAAAUUGAAGAAGCAGUAGAGCAAAAAUCCCCAGCACACAGUGCUAGACCUAAGAAAAAGAAAAAGAGUUAUGAUUUGAAUACCACAGAUCAGUUUUGGCAUGAGCAGAAAGGAAGUCCAUUCCCCACUGUGGCAGAAGCUGUUCAGGAAGCCCUUGAGUCAUAUAGAAGUCAAGAAGAUGAAGUCAAAAGAUUAAAACAUGUUAUGGGUUUGGAAGGUGAAGAUGAUGCUGCCAUCAGUAUGCUUUCUGAUACCACAGCAAAGCUCACUUCUGCUGUAAGUUCCCUACCAGAGUUGCUGGAGAAGAAGAGAUUGAUUGACAUGCAUAUGAACAUUGCAACAGCUCUGCUGGACCAAAUUAAGGCCAGAAAACUGGACACUUACUUUGAGAUAGAAGAGAAAAUGAUGAGCAAAGCUUCCUUGGAAAAAUCCUUGAUGGAUAUUAUAACAGAUCCUGAGGCUGGUACCCCAGAAGAUAAGUUGAGACUGUUUAUCAUUGCUUUAGUGUGUGGUCCUACAAUGACUGAUGCUGAAGUAGACCAGUAUGCUGUUGCCUUGCAAGGUGCAAACUGUGAGAUAGAUUCCCUCAAGUACAUCAGGAGGUGGAGAGCAUAUGCCAAGAUGACAGCAGCUCCAAGUCAAUAUGGUGGAGGUGGCACAACAACAGUCGGAAUGUUCUCCAAACUUAUGUCACAAGCCUCAAAUUUUGCCAUGGAAGGGGUAAAGAACUUGGUGGUCAAAAAACAUAAACUUCCUGUAACCAGAAUAGCAGAUGCUUUGAUGGAGAUGAAAUCUUAUCAGGAAACAGAUGACUACAGAUACUUUGAUCCCAAAAUGCUGAGAGCUACUGACAGCUCUGUACCAAGGAACAAGUCCCCAUUCCAAGAGGCAUAUGUAUUUAUUGUUGGAGGAGGAAAUUACAUAGAAUAUCAGAAUUUAGUGGAUUAUUACAAAGGAAAAACACAGUCUAGCCCAGGCAAGAAGAUAACAUACGGCUGCACAGAACUUUUAAACUCUUCACAAUUCCUUAGACAAUUGGCUGCUCUUGGGAAGGAAAUGCCAUGAGACAAGAUAUUCAAAGCUGGACUUUUCAUGAAGCACCUUAUUUCCAAAGGACAGUGUAAAACCAUCAGUACCACUGCCGAGAAUUAUGUAAAAUUUUCUUUUUGGGAAGGAUUCUUUUAUAUUUAAAAUGAAAAUGUAUGUCUAAAAUUGGCUUGAUACAAGAACUGUCAGAAUAAGUUCUCUGUUAUAUACAGGUAAUAUGGGCCAGAUGGAUUAAUGUGAAAUGAUAAAUAUUUAUGAAAAGUUUCAAAAUUAUUUGUGGAAACAGAAUUGUUACCUUUGAAAGCUUAAACUGUGCCCAAAUAACUAAGUGAUGAAACCUGGACCCCAAUGGUUUUUACCCAGGUAAAGCCAGUUUCCUUGAAGAACUGUAACAAAGACACUUUUUUUUUGGGGGGGGGGGUGCAUCUUGACCCACAUUUUCACGUAAAUUAAUUCCAUUUGUUAAAAUAUGAGUGAAAAGAACUCUCCUCUAGUUACAAGUGAUGGUGUAUAUAUAUAUAUAAAUAUACAAUAACUAGGGGGUGUGGAAA